AUGGCUGUCAAUUAUGGUGAACUGAAAGCGUGUCGAUUCACUCAUGUCCUGAACUGUGUAGACAAGCUUGACAGUAGUAAGAACUACAGGAUCAGGGGCAUCAGAUACCUGGGCAUAAACACAUUAGAUUUAGAGACAUUUAACAUUAGCGUCCUCUUUAAACCUGCGGCAGAGUUUAUACAUACAGCACUAAUGGAAGAAGGAAAAAUCUUGGUUCACUGUUGGGCUGGAGUGAGUCGAUCAGCAACAAUAGUUUCGUCGUAUCUGAUGCUGAAGCAGAACAUGACCCUGAAGGAAGCCAUCAACACUGUGAAGGAGAAAAGAGGCAUCUUACCAAACCGAGGCUUCCUCAGACAACUGCUCGACCUUCAAACCCAAUUAUAUGGCAGCUAG